AGAGAAUCACACCAUGGCUUCCCGAAACGUAGAGUCAUAUGCCUUUAAUUGAGGGAAUGAGUCAAAUGAGCUUAUCUCACUCUUUUACCGUAUAUUAGACAAAAAUGUAGAUAGGACGGUUUUCCUAACUUCUGCAACAUCAUUCAGUUAGCUGUGACGCUGUUAUUUGGAUAGUGAUUAUUUGCAUUUGAUCUUGAGGCUCUUGAGUCUUCGCAAGUGUCCUAAUUUUUCUUGAUUUUUCUUGCAAAAACGAAGAGGACAUUUCUGUAAGUGUAUUGAUAUUUAUUGUAAACAUACACAAGACCUAACAAAAUGGUUACCCACAUCAAAGAUAAGGCUGACCUCGAGACCAAACUGAAUGAUGCAGGCGAUCAGUUGGUGGUUAUCGACUUCUUCGCCACCUGGUGUGGUCCUUGCAAGAUGAUUUCACCUAAGUUGGAGGAAUUAGCCCAAGAAUGCUCUAACAUCAUUAUUCUGAAGGAUACCUAGAGAUCCUAACAUGAGGAAGUUGUGGUUAAAUGCUAUAAGAAGAGAAAACUUUACUCCCAGUACAACAACGGUAAUUUGUGAAAAGCAUUUCACUCCAGAGGAUUAUGAAGUUAGUGUUCAUGGAAAUAAGGUACUAAAAAAGGUGGCAGUUCCAUCUGUGUUUGAUUUUCCAGCCCAUCUCAAGAAAGAACCUAGCCCUCGAAGGGUUUUGAAAAGAAAACAUGAAGAAUCCAACUCAAAAGCAACAGAACAAACUUUGGCUAUUGGUGAAGUAGUAGAAGAACCUGAAAAUGGUGAUCAUGCUGAUGAUGAAAAUAUAUUGGCAGCUGGUCCGUCAAACAUAACACAAAAACUAGGAUUUUUAGAAUCAAGUGAACCUUCAAACACAUGCAAUUUUAGGGUCAGAAGAUCACCAGUAUACUUUGGGGAUUUCAAAAUUUCUGAUUUAAAUAAUGUGCAGCGUCAGAAGAGGUUUUGGAAAACUGCUCAUGAAACUGUUCAUAAGUACAAAAAAAUUAACAAGUACAAUCAGUGUAAAAUUCGUAGACAAAGAAAUAAAAUAAAAAGUCUGAAUAGUCUGGUAGAUGAACUACUUAAGGAGAAGAGAAUAUCUGCAGCUCAAUAGUAUUACCUGAAUUAUUAAUUACUUAUGUUAAAUACUAAUUAUUAUAUCUUCAAAUGUGUAAAGGAGAAUUUAUUGUCAAGUUUCAUACAUAUGUAUAUAUAAAUAAAAUUGGUUUUUUAAUUAUAAUUACGUUUCCAGGAUUUUAUCUCGUUCCAGUUGCCUGAAUAACUUUUAAAUCUUCUCUAAGAAUCCUCGGUUUCCUAUGCAAUUC